ACUACGUCCCAAGGAUACCGAAUAGCACAGACCGUCACGCGUGCGUAUUGUGUUUCCGGGUAUGUUGCAGGUGAUUACCGGUUUUUAAACCGUCGAUGCUCCUAUACCUCAAUGGGAAGACAUAACGGUUUUGGAAAGCCCUGGUGAAGCAAAGUUGUUGCUUGAAUUACUCUCGGACCCCACUGGAUGUGAGCACUCCUCUGUAUUGUUAUGCAAAGUAUUGGAAGUGUGAACCUAAGAGUGUGAACAUUAGAAGUCAUUGUUCAAUAAAACAUUUUGGAGAACCUUAAGUCCCUAUGGCUUCAUGACUGCAUAGAGCCCCAUAAAUUAGUGAAGUACUGCUGGAUAACUGAAUUUCAGGGAGAGGGCCAGGGAAGGAAGACAUGGAGGUCGACGGAGUGGUACUCAAACCUACAAAUGAUGCACUUAUAGAAAGGGAGGAGAGGACUGAGGUCGGGGACAAUGGGAUCGAGAGGACCUCAGAGGUCCUAUCGCCACUGGAGGCCCUGGCUCCCUCGGACAGCCUUGACAUUCAGGAUCAUGCCACCUCAGGUCCUGUGAUGAAAGGCCAUGGCCAUUCAGAGAAGAUCCCAGGGGGGGUUGCUGAAGAGCCCCCUAUAGACUGGUUUGAACCCCUGGAGGAUGACAAUUAUGAAGAUGACACACAGGGCUGGGACAUGGGCCUUGCUAUGGGGGAGCGACGCAUGAAUAGCAGAGGGGAUGCCGAAGAGGAGAGUGUUGCAGGGAGCGAAAAGAGCGGAAGCGUGGCAGGCAGUGAGAGGAACAUCAAGAACAACAACCUGUUUUCUGUUUAUAGACGGAAGAAAAGAGUGACAACUGAAGAGGGCUGGGAGGACUGGCCGGCACUUGGAGAGGGGUGGAAGCGUAAAGCGGUUGUUCGUCGCUCGGGUUCUAGUGUUGGCCAGAGUGAUGUUUAUUACAUGAGUCCGAGUAAUGAGCGUGUGAGAAGUAGGGUUGAGCUUUCCAAAGUCCUGGCAGAUACUCUGGACAUGACAAUGUUUGAUUACAAAGCAGGGGUGUUCAGGGAUGCUGGACAACCCAAGACCGUGCGCCUGAGAAAGAAGAACAUACAGAAGGAUCAUUCUACCUCCGUGGACUGUGGCUUUUCCUCAGAGUCUAGCUUGAUGGACAGAGGGGACCGGGCAGACAGUCCUGACUCCCGUCACAGACUGACCCCUCUAAGUCGCAGCUCCAUGGGCACGCCAAGCAGAGACCCCCACCUCCAACAUAUCACUCCCCCAAGACCAAACACCUCUCUCACAAAGAUAAGUUCAGCCUCUGUCGCUCAUGAUGUGGAAGGUUUGAAGCACAGUGCAACUAAACUGCCCUGGAGCCCUGUGUCAGCGCUUUCCGUCUCCAUCAAUGGGAAGGCUGGUUCAGAGCCCUGCUUUCGCGUCUGUGCCGUUUGUGAUAAUUCAUACACAGGCUUUGAGUAUGAAAGGCAGAUGAAGAAUCCCUGUUGCCCCAAAUGCAGGGCCAAGAAUCCAGCUAUAGGCAAGAAUCCAGUUUAUCAAAGAUUCAGAAAGUGGAUUCCUUGUGGUAACUGUAAGGCUUGCCUUACCACAGAGGAUUGUGGGAGCUGUGCUAACUGCAAAAAAGCGCUGAACCCUGACUCCAGAAAACCUGUCAGCUGUCGGAAACGCAAAUGUUUAUGUCCGAUCCGCAAGCACAAACCCGAUGGUCCCCAAAAGUUGGAUCCCCAUCCCAUGACGAAUUUCAAGAUUGACAGCGGAGAAUUGCAGAACUCCUCUCAAUACAGUGAUCCCGAAGACUUCUCUGUGAAUGUCGAUAUAGAUGAUGAUGAUGAAGAGUUUGAUGGUGAUGAUGCUGACUAUGAGGCUUGGAUGAGGAAACGUAAGCGACGUUCCUGUGGGAAGUGUGAAGCUUGUAAUAGUAGGAUGGACUGUGGCACUUGUGAUUUCUGCGUAGACAAACCAAAGUUUGGAGGCAGCAAUAAGAAGAGACAGAAGUGCCGUCUGCGGCAGUGCCAGAGACAGGCCAUGAGACACUUGUUGCCCUUUCAGUUGGGUCAGACUGAUUUUGGGUCCGAAGAGGGGUGGGUGCAGCUUGGCAGGCCUAGACCUCACUUUACAUACAGUCGCAAGACUACCCCAAAGAAAAGUAAAACACAGCAGCAGGAAGUGGACCUGGAGUUCACUGACGAUAUAGACGAGCCUCUGCAGGAAGAAGAAGAAGAUGAUCACUCCAUGGAAACAGCACAUUGGCGUCCUAUGCUUCCCAGCAGUAGCAUUCCCCAGGAUGAGAACUUCAGAAACCAGCUACCGACAGUCCAGGUGCAUAAAGAGACAAUGGAAAUUGUCAAAAAGAAUGCGCUUAUGGAGCGUGUCCCGCAUAUCCUCAACCAUUUAAGUUCUCCAGCAUAUUGCACACUGUUCAAACCGGCAGAUCCCCCGGUGCAAUAUGGUGGACCCCCAGGUGAGAAUAUGUCCUUGGCAGCCCCGGACGGACAGAGUGGAAUGAACGGAGGAAGGCUAAGUGUGGAGAAGGAUGUAGAAACGCUGUCUGGAGAGCCUGAAGUAGAGGAGAUCACACCUAUGAUCACUCAGAUCUUCAGUUUGGCUGACAGUGCAGGAACAAGUGGGAUUGACCAGGACCAUGAGCUGCUGAAGCUACUGGAGUCCCUGCGCAGCUCUGCACUCCCCACACUCUGGUUUGCCAUAAUGGUGGAGGGCCCGAUGCUACAGCUACUGCAGUGCUCCAAGCUCUCCCACAUGGUGGACACAACUGUGCAGAUUGACCUGGGUUUCUGCUAUCAGAUCUGUGUACAGGGCCAGCAGCUGCUCCUCACCCACCCGCUGUAUGAAGCUCACCCAUCUGGCCUGACUUCUGUGCCCCAGGUGGUGAACCUGCUCCUGGAUCUGGAGAAGUACAACGUGUGCCAGGGGGUCCCGGCCAAGGAGCAGCCAUUCAGCCAGACUCCAAUCAUCAUUGAGCGGGCAUCGACCUGUGACUUUCUGGUACUUAAAGAAACAGAGCACUGUCCUAAGUGUAAGGCCUUAUCCUGUAGCUAUUAAGAACAUUUGGUGCCGCAGGGUAACCAGCACUUAGCAUGAGAAAACAAACAAGUGGCCACAGUACAAAGCAUCACAGCUCUGCCCUCACAGAACAUCUCAUGUCUUUGCUGGGGAUGGACAACCAGGACUGGUUUACACACAUACCACUGGACUUUGUAACAAUAUUUGUUAAGAAAUUUAGAAACGGGAUGUUUUUAUUGCCCAUUUCGUAAGUCUAUCUUACAAAUAAAUGUACAAAUCAUGAGGGUUUAAAGCCUGCUUUUUUGCAAUAGCUUUUCAGGUUGAUUGGGGCACUAGUACAGAAUACAGAUAUUAUAGUUUUCAGCUGCUCUCUGACACCCAAUGUGAACCGUGUGGCCUGUUUAUUUUUCUCCUGUUUAGUGCUCAAUGUGGAAGGUCACAGUGCGUCCACAUUUCCUCAUGUAGAUAAACCACUUAUUAUCUUGGUAACGUAAGCAACCUUCAAACAAGUUAUUGACCAUAAGCACAUGAACAUUGUUCGAUUAGAUCAUUGAUUUACAUAUUAAUCAAUAUGUGAAACCAAUGUCCCACAUGAAGACCUAAAUGGAUGGGAUUAUCACAUUCUGUCAACCGUUGGCUGAUUUAACCCAAUGUUGUUUUGAGAGCAGGGCUUCCAGAACCUCUUCUGGAGGGUGAGACAGUGCGUGAUAAUCCUUAUGUGUCAUCUUCCCAUUGCACUGUCAGUCAUCAUCUGAAGAGAACCACAGCCGAAUGGCUUGUUUGAUUUGAGUUACAUAGUCAGUGCUCAUAGAGAUUCUGUUAGGUCUCUACAGUGAGGUCUCUCUGUUCAAGAUGUGGUCUCUUCAGAUAGACACAUCUGAAAAAUACAGAUGUGCUAAAAUUGAAGCAGUAGUACUUAGUUCUCUGUACAGCUGUUUUCUAAAACAUUUAUUUUACAUGAAAGUAAAAUAUGCAUUAAAAAAAAGUAAACACUGCAAUUAUUCUAUCAUGAUUUGAAAAAAUCCAUUCCUGAGUCUUAUUGCCCCUUGUUUGACGUGUGUGAAUUCUAUUCCUAUGGCUCUGGUCCUUCUUUUUACAGUCUAUGUUCUGGUCAGUGUAUUGAUUUUUUUCUACUUUAGACAGUUAUUCCAUAUGGUUUCUUUAUAAGGUUUGUUAUAAUGGAGAAAUAUGCAUUUGUAAAAUGAGCAAAUUCUGCUGAUUUUAAUAAAGCCUAUUUUUAA